UUUUUGUUUCAACCAGUUGUCUUUAACGUAAAUCCUACAAUUUGAAACGAAUAGAAAAGCCAAACUUUAUCCUGUAACAAAACAUAUAUAUAAAAAAAGAAAAGUUCGGGAUUUUUGGAUGUCAUUCCUUAUAAGAUUUAAAAUGUCUCCACCGAGCUGACUGUUUCAAACUAACACGACUGUAACCACAAAGUUACAAUCAUCAAAAAUUGAUGAAGCAGCCUCUAUAAAUAGCCAGACAUCCAGAUAAGCAUCGACGUCUGCCAUUGAUGGCUCCUCCCCCGCUACCUGUAAAUCUGCGAUGCCAUCUCCCAACAAAUGGAUGUGACAAGCAGCCGCCGGAGCCCGUGAGGCGAGAAUUUGUCCCGCUAAACCCGCUUCUUCAUCCAAGAAAUCGACAUGUUAUUUUUCAGCCGACGUCUCUUUAAGGGAUAUCGAUAAACUGCGAAGCCUUUAACGGCGAGGAGCGCAUUCAACAGUGCGCGCUGCGGAGCUUGAAGUAGCGGACCUGCUGAAAGCUGCGCCGCUCAGCAAGGUGGAGCAGUGAGUGAAUCCCUCGACUGCUGGGGGCCACACGCUACUUCACUGUACUAAUAACAACGCUUAUAUAGCAUUAUCCGUCGGGACUGUCGGGAUAAUCGUGAGUUUUCCAAUAGUUUGCGAGAAAAAUGUCAUUUUUACGCACAGAUCAAAGGAUGACGCGCAUUUCCAGCCACGAACGCGCAUCGCGGUUCGCGCGUCUGAUAUGAUAUCUUGAUUUCAUAGGAAGUUUUUUAUUAUUGUGCGCGUUUUUUGUCUCGACUCAACUUUUACUGCUUAUUGUGAAGACGCCGGAUGAGAAGGCAGAGGAGCGGGAGGUGGUUGGCGUAACAUGGCUGAGCCGCUGGGGCAUCAGGGGGCGCUGGCUGGAGCUCCCCAAAGCGCCUGAAUCCCAGUUGAGUUGAUUGUUGUGGGUGGAGGCUGGCAGGUGACCAGAAGCCGACAAUGUCGAAAAGCAGGGAGAAAUUCAACCCUGAUCCGUCCAUCCACAUAUCCAAGAUGAAUGUGAUCAUCCCGUUCUCACCAGAUGUGCCCUGUGACAGCAACGGCCAGCGGAUGUGGUGGGCUUUCCUCGCCUCCUCCAUGGUCACUUUCUUUGGGGGUCUCUUCAUUAUCCUCCUGUGGAGAACUCUCAAAUACCUGUGGACUGUGUGCUGCCACUGUAACGCCAAAAAGAAGGAGGUCCAUCGGAUCACCACAGGCGAUGGCAUCAAGCGUGCCGACAAGGACGAUGCGGCGGCCAGCGAGGUGGGCUGGAUGACCUCGGUCAAAGAUUGGGCGGGAGUUAUGAUAUCCGCACAGACUCUGACGGGACGAGUCUUGGUGGUGCUCGUAUUUGCUCUCAGCAUCGGAGCCCUUGUUAUAUACUUCAUAGAUUCUUCUGAUCCUAUUGAAUCCUGUCAGAACUUCUACAAAGACUUCACGUUGCAGAUCGACAUGGCGUUCAACGUCUUCUUCUUGCUAUACUUUGGCCUCCGUUUUAUUGCUGCCAAUGACAAGCUGUGGUUCUGGCUGGAGGUUAACUCGGUGGUGGACUUCUUCACGGUUCCUCCGGUGUUUGUGUCGGUGUACCUGAACAGGAGCUGGCUCGGCUUGAGGUUUUUAAGGGCCUUAAGGUUGAUACAGUUCUCAGAAAUUUUACAGUUUUUGAAUAUACUAAAAACAAGCAACUCCAUAAAGCUGGUGAACCUAUGUUCAAUCUUCAUAAGCACAUGGCUGACUGCAGCUGGCUUCAUUCAUUUGGUGGAAAACUCAGGAGAUCCUUGGGAAAACUUCCAAAAUUCCCAAGCACUUUCCUACUGGGAAUGUGUCUACCUACUCAUGGUUACUAUGUCCACUGUUGGUUAUGGAGAUGUGUAUGCAAAAACCACCCUGGGCCGCCUGUUUAUGGUCUUCUUCAUCCUUGGUGGUUUGGCCAUGUUUGCAAGCUACGUCCCUGAAAUCAUAGAGUUAAUAGGAAACCGCAAGAAAUAUGGUGGUUCCUAUAGUGCGGUUAAUGGGAGAAAGCACAUCGUGGUCUGUGGUCAUAUAACACUUGAGAGUGUGUCCAACUUUCUAAAAGACUUCCUACACAAGGACAGGGAUGAUGUCAAUGUAGAAAUUGUUUUUCUCCAUAAUAUUUCCCCUAAUCUUGAGCUGGAAGCCUUGUUCAAGCGGCACUUCACCCAGGUGGAGUUUUAUCAAGGGUCUGUACUAAACCCGCAUGACCUGGCCAGAGUGAAGAUUGAAUCAGCUGACGCCUGUUUGAUCUUAGCCAACAAAUACUGUGCUGAUCCUGACGCUGAGGAUGCAUCCAACAUCAUGAGGGUAAUUUCCAUCAAGAACUACCAUCCAAAGAUCAGAAUAAUCACUCAAAUGUUGCAGUACCACAAUAAGGCUCACCUUUUGAACAUCCCGAGCUGGACCUGGAAGGAGGGAGAUGACGCCAUUUGUCUCGCAGAGCUGAAGCUUGGCUUCAUCGCCCAGAGCUGCCUGGCUCAGGGCCUCUCCACCAUGCUGGCCAAUCUUUUCUCCAUGAGGUCCUUCAUCAAGAUUGAGGAAGACACGUGGCAGAAAUAUUACCUGGAAGGAGUAGCCAAUGAGAUGUACACUGAGUACCUGUCGAGUGCAUUUGUGGGCCUGUCCUUCCCUGUAAUUUGCGAGCUCUGCUAUGUGAAGCUAAAGCUACUGCUGAUAGCUAUAGAGUACAAGUCAAAUCAAAGGGAAAGCAGCACUCUGAUAAAUCCUGGAAACCACGUGAAAAUGCAGGAGGGCACUUUGGGCUUCUUCAUUGCCAGUGAUGCCAAAGAAGUAAAGAGGGCUCUGUUUUACUGUAAAGCCUGCCACGACGACAUUACUGAUCCCAAAAGGAUAAAGAAAUGUGGAUGCAAGAAAUCCAAGACGGCCGCCUACAAGAAAAUGAGACUGGCAUGUUGUUUUGAUUGCGGCCGCUCAGAGCGGGGCUGCUCUUGCAUGCCAGUUAAUGUGCGUUGUAACAUGGACUCCCCUCAACGCGACAUCCCACUCUCUGCUGUCUCUGUUAAUGAUUGCUCAGCCACUUUACGUGCCUCUAAAAAUAGCUAUAAUGGAUAUAUCAAAUCAAUUGAAGAGGACCAACAAUCAGCGUUAUCGCCUAAAAAAAAGCAACGUAACGGAGGAAUGAGAAAUUCUCCAAACUCUUCACCAAAGAUAAUGAGACACGAUCCGCUCCUCAUCCCGGGGAACGAGCAGAUUGAGAGCAUGGACGAGAACGUGAAGAGAUACGACUCCACGGGGAUGUUUCACUGGUGCCCGCCCAGAGACAUCGAGAAGGUCAUCCUGACCCGGAGCGAGGCAGCCAUGACUGUUCUGAGCGGUCAUGUUGUUGUGUGCAUAUUUGGAGACGUGAAAUCGGCACUGAUUGGUCUCAGAAACUUUGUCAUGCCUCUGAGAGCGAGCAACUUUCACUACCAUGAGCUGAAGCACAUUGUGUUCGUCGGCUCCCUCGAGUAUCUGAAGCGGGAGUGGGAGACUCUUCACAAUUUUCCAAAGGUCUCCAUUUUACCUGGCACACCGUUGAGUCGGGCAGAUCUGAGGGCUGUCAACAUCAACCUCUGCGACAUGUGUGUCAUUCUGUCAGCAAAUCAGAACAAUAUUGACGAUGCAUCACUGCAGGACAAAGAAUGCAUCUUGGCGUCACUCAACAUCAAAUCCAUGCAGUUUGACGACAGCAUCGGGGUCUUGCAGGCUAAUUCCCAAGGCUUCACACCACCAGGGAUGGAUAGAUCCUCUCCUGAAAACAGCCCGGUCCAUGGAUUAGUAAGGCAGACUUCUGUCACCACUGGAGCAAAUAUCCCCAUCAUAACAGAGCUCGCACCAUUAGCAAAGCCAGGCAAAAAACUGCCUGUGAUUUCAUUCAGUCAGGAUAAAAGCAGUGGGACCAGCAUACAAAUGAUAACUGAGCUGGUGAAUGACUCAAACGUUCAGUUUCUGGACCAAGAUGAUGAUGACGACCCAGACACAGAAUUAUACCUCACUCAGCCUUUUGCUUGUGGGACGGCCUUCGCAGUCAGUGUGCUGGACUCCUUAAUGAGUGCUACAUACUUCAAUGAUAAUAUCCUCACCUUGAUUCGGACGCUGGUAACAGGGGGAGCGACACCAGAGCUGGAGGGGCUGCUGGCUGAAGAGAAUGCGCUACGGGGCGGCUACAGCACCCCACAGACCCUGGCAAACAGGGACAGGUGUCGCGUGGCACAGCUGGCCUUGUACGACGGGCCCUUUGCUGACCUUGGGGAUGGUGGUUGUUAUGGUGACCUGUUUUGCAAAGCCCUGAAAACAUACAACAUGCUGUGCUUUGGCAUCUAUCGGUUACGAGACGCACAUCUUAACACUCAAAGCCAGUGUACAAAACGGUAUGUCAUAACCAAUCCUCCAUACGCGUUUGAGCUGGUGCCCUCAGACCUGAUAUUCUGCCUGAUGCAGUUUGACCACAACGCCGGCCAGUCUCGAACCAGCCUCUCCCACUCUUCACAUUCGUCCCAUUCCUCCAGCAAAAAGAGCUCCUCCGUCCACUCUAUCCCAACCACCAACCGCACCAACCGCACCAAAAGCAGGGACUCACGAGACAAACAAAAUGCAACAAGGAUGAAUAGAGUGGGCCAAGAAAAGACAUGGUUUACAGAUGAGCCAGAGAAUACCCACCAGAGGACCAUACAGAUCAAGCCUGUGAAUACUCUCACCAUCAACCAAGUCACUCAGUUUAAAUCAACAAGCAGCUUGAUUCCACCCAUCAGAGAAGCAGAAGACGAGUGCUGAGCUUCAGACCCACACGGACACCCGGAGACUUGUCUGCAAAUACAAAUCAUCGACUGGCAUUAGAAGUGAAGAACCAUACUGCUUUCCUCGUUCACCUCAGCAGCAAGCUUAUUGUACAAGCAGAUUUAGAAUCAUACAUGAAGACAAUCAUAGUCAGAUUUUGCAGCCGCUCAGAUAUUAGUUUGCACAGCUAAUCUUUUGUGGUGACCAGACUCCAUGACUUUUUGUUCCAUUUUGGGGAAUGAGGGUCACUUGAAGGAGAACAGCAAUGUAAAAAAAUGACUACUACUACUACAGCAAAAGGAGGCGAUUAUUAUGAUAACUGGAUCAAUUUUGCAAAUGUAAAAGUUGCCUUUUUAGCUGUUGAUGAACAACCAUUAUACUGCUACUGCAUUUACUUUACCCAGUGUUGCAGACUUAUUCUGUACAGCAUGUUAAAAUGUGUAUUUUACAUCCAGCUGCAAUCCCACCACAAUGGCAUUGUUAAUGACUGAUUCUCAGUGAUUCCUUUGCCAUUUGGAGCUAAUUCACAACAUUUGUGACAGUUAAGAUGGCCAGUGUCCAUGUGUAAAUGGCAUUUGGCUCCAGCCUUAUCUCAAUCCAGUUAUAUUUGUCUUAUCUCUGCCUUGUUUAAGUCGUUUGUUAUAAAAUGUUUCCAUGUUGCUGUUUGGUUGCAAUGUCCAAAAGCCCAGAAAUCUCAUGAAGUAAAGCUUUUCCGUAUCUGCAAAGUGUCUCCAGGGGUAAAACGUCACAAAUAUUCUUUUUUUUUUUCUCCCUUCGUUUUCGUCAAUAGCCAAAUAUGAUAGAGCUGUUUUGUUGAUGACAUUAGUACAUUAAUACAACCAAAAAUCUCACGCAAUUUCCUAAUACAGUGACAAAGCUAAAGACACCAUAGACAGCAAAGCCAUCAGCAUGAGUCCGUAGGUGAGUUGAAUGGAAAAGCCACAUAUCGCAUGAAGUGGGCUUCUUUAUGUCCUCCUUUGGCUGAAAGCACUGCCUGACACAGGAUUGUCUUGGAGGCCAUUAAGCGCUUGUUUGUACUCCAUGACCAAUCUUAAUGCCAUAAUCAAGCCAUGCUUUGUUUUGCAGAUACUUGGAAAAACAGCUCUAUCAUAAAAAAGAGGGUUUUGGCUAUUUUAUGUUCUGUUGGUAAACCAUCUCAAUGAUCAACAUCAUUUCCAAUAUAUUCAUAAAACAAACAAAAAAAAAAACAAGAUUUCCGCACAUCUGACGAAGCACAGAUUAUUUUUUUUCACUUU